AUGGCUAGAAGGAAGGUGAGACUGCACUAUAUUGCCAAUGAGAGUUCCCGACGAACGACAUUUAGAAAAAGAAAGAAGGGUCUUCUGAAGAAGGUGGGAGAGAUAACCACUCUCUAUGACAUCAAGGCCGCGGUGAUCAUCUACAGUCCCUUUGAUGGAGAGCCGAAGGUGUUCCCAAGUCAUCCAGAAGUCCACGAAGUGCUGACGAAGUUUCGAGAUAUGUCGCAGAUGGACAAGACAAGAAAGAUGGUCGACCAGGAGACAUUCUUACGACAGCGAAUCGACAAAGUCCGGGAGCAGAUCAGAAAGUUGAAAAGAGACAACCGAGAAAAGGAGAUCACUCAAGUCAUGUUCGGUUGUUUGAAGGGGAGAACACUCUCUGACCUAGAAAUGAAGGAUCUGCAAGACCUCAAUUUUAUCAUCGAACGCAACCUCAGGGAGCUUGAAAUCAAACAGCGGGAUGUCGAUGAGCAGAAUGCUGAUGAGCAAAAGCAGGAGGAAAACCAGGAGAACCAGCUCAACCAAGUGCAAGCUGAAUCGAUUGUGGUGGAGCUCGGUCUGACGACGAGGAAUGCAUUUGGGGAGGGAACCAACAGAGGUGUGCAGCAACAACACCACCAAGCCGCGAUGGAGUCGCAAAGCAUGGAGCAGUGGCAGUACCAAAUGAUGCAGGUUACAGCUCAGAGGCAGCAACAUCAGCAGUUGUUCCAGCAGCAACCAUGGUUCGUGGACAUCAUGAAUCCACCAUCGCCCCAAACGAGGGACUUCUUGCACCCACUACCACCGCUUUAG